GGUCCUCUCUGGCUAUCAUAGAUUGUUCUAUAAGCAGGCAGAAUGGGACUCUCCAGCUAUCUUAGUGGUAUGCUUUUGUGCUUAGCAAUCGGUGUGGUGGAGCCUUCCAGCCCUUGGGAUGAUCUGGAUUGGAGAUCUCCUUCCAGAACCGUCCCCCCACUGAGACAGCCCUAUGGCUAUGUUUUAUCUCAGUCUUCUCCCUGGGCUUGGGUGGAUGUUUCUCAGCCUAGGGUCUUGUCCAACCUGAACCCUGUUACUGCGCAGUGUGAGGAGGCUCAGAUUGUGGUAACUGUGAACAGGGACCUUUUUGGGACUGGGAGGCUCAUCCAAGCUGCUGACCUAAUUCUGGGCUCUCCUGGUUGCCGGUACACCUCUCUUGAUGAUGCCGCAAAUGUGGUGAUCUUUGAAGCUGGGCUUCAUGAGUGUGGCAGCACUUUGCAGAUGACUCCAGACUCUCUAGUUUAUAGAAUAAGCCUCUACUAUAGUCCUAACCCUGGAAGUAAUACUCUCAUCAUCAGAACCAGCCCAGCUGAAGUUCCUAUUGAGUGUCACUAUCCAAGGAAAGACAAUGUAAGCAGUAAGGCCAUUAAGCCGACGUGGGUUCCCUUCAGCUCUACCAUUUCUGCAGAAAAUAGGUUGGCCUUCUCACUGCGUCUAAUGAAUGAUGACUGGAGUGCGGAGAGAACCACUAACAGGUACCAACUGGGAGAUGCCAUGCACAUCCAGGCUGAUGUCAACACGGAGAACCACGUUGCUUUGAGGCUCUUCAUUAGCACCUGUGUGGCCACCGUGAGCCCAGACAGAGACUCUUCUCCCAGAUAUGCCUUAAUUGACUUCAAUGGAUGCCUAGUUGAUGGGAGAUCAGAGGACUCCAGUUCAGCCUUUGUGUCCCCAAGACUUAGAGAAGAUUCGCUCCAGUUCACAGUUGAUGCCUUCAGAUUCACAGGAGACCUCCGAGACUUGGUCUAUAUUACCUGUCACUUGAAAGUCACAGCAGCUGAUCAGCCCCUUGGGCCUCUGAACAAGGCUUGCUCUUUCAACAAAGCCAGGAACAGCUGGUCACCAGUUGAAGGUGUGGUAGACAUCUGCAGCUGCUGUGAGACAAGGAACUGUGACUCGCCUGGAGGCCAGUCUGGCAGGAUUAAUCCCUGGUGGAGAGGGUCAGGACAGCGCUUUCAGCGAGAUGCUGCUGUUCUCAUGCAUGGAGACUCAUCUUCUGUGGGAAGAGCAGAGGCUGAUGUUGUGAUAGGACCUGUUGUCCUGGAUGCCCAAAAAACUUCAGUGCACCUUCCUGAAAACCAAAGGACAUCAGGGCUAAUGACAAAAGGUCACCUGGAGGAGCCCUGAAUGGAAGAGGGAAAACAUGGAAAAGAAGCUAAAUAUGUUCAGGAGGACCUGGGGUUGGACUUGGACCCUGCCCAUCUGGACCAGGAUGUUUGAGGUGAUUGGAAGUCACCCAUGUGAAUGCAAGCUAAGAGGCCAUUGCACCUAAGAACCAAUGUCUUUGUAUAUGUUGCUUAUUCUUUUCUGUGUAUCUGUUGCAGUUGCAGCUUAAUAAAACUUAUAAUGUUAUUUGAA